AUGAUCCCUUAUCCUCCUUUUAUUCAACCAACUCUCAAGUCAGCAAAUCAGAGCAGCGGAUUUAAAGAGGGCGAAGAGAAAUUUCAACAUUCCACACCGAAAUACGUGUUAAAAGUUCCGAUUCCAUCACUAGCAACAUUACAAUAAGCACCUUAAUCAGAUAACAAAAGUAAAUCGGGACAUAAGGAGAAUAAUUUCAGUGCUAUGACAUUCGAUUAGAAGUAUUAAUUGACAAUUCAAAAAGAAAAUGGAAUCCAGAUAGCCAAGGCUCUGAUAAUAAGUGUGUGUUAUCUUAAUCAGCCAAAAAAAUCAACACUGAAAAUGAUGAUGGCUCAAGCAUUGUUGAGAAGUCUUUUACAGAAGCAGCCUAAAAGAUAUUGAAGAUAAAAAAUCUUGAAUUAGAGAAUAAGGUUUCAUUGCUUGUAAUUGAAAAUGAGCGUCUAACAACAUUCCUCAAUGAUUAAUUUCAAGAGAAUGAAAAAUUAACAAAUGAUCUACAAAACUAUUAAGCAAGUCUAUAGGAUUUAUCCAAGAAUUAUGAAGAUAAAUUGAAUAUAGUCUUGUUGGAAAAUGAGAAGAUUGUAGCCAUCAAUCAAACUUUGACAAUGAGAAAUGAACAGAUGCAAAAUUAAAUAAAAAGACUGUAGAGUGAGAAAGAUGAGGAAAUCAAUAAAACUAGGAAAGAAUGGGCAGGGAAAUAUCAAUAAUAAAUUAAUCAAAUUGAUGAAAUGAGAAAAAGUGAAAUACAUUAAGUUGAUAAUAGAAUUGAUAAGUUACAAUUUGAAAAGUCAGAAUUGCAAACUUUAAUUUAGGAGUAACAACAGAAGUUGAUGGAGUUUUAAAUUGAACUCAAAGUUAGAGAUUCAACUUUGAUUGAAUAUGAAAAUGUGAAAGCAGAUUUGGCAUCUAAAAUCCACAGAAUAGAAAUGAUGAGUUAAACUAUAUUAGCUUAAGAGAAGAGAAUAAAUGAUUUAGAAGUUAGAUUAGAUAUAAUGGUGGCAGAUAAUAAAUAAUUGCAUGACGUUAAUGAAUAAUUAAAUUAAACAUAAAGAAUAUUAUAAGGGACAAUGGAAGAUAGAUAAAUCGAAUUUGAUAGGGAAUCUCAUAAACUAAAAGAUUUCUAUGAACUGGAAUUAAGAAAUUUGAGUAACAAGAAUAAAUAGUAAAUUGAAGAGAUCAAACUAAAGCAUUAAGAAUAAUUAUAGGGACAAAGAGUAGAAAUAGAAAAUGAAUUGAUUAAAGAAUUAGAAUAAUACAAGAUGGAAUUGGAGACGAAACAAAAUGAAUUAAAUAAUAAUUUAUUAAUUUGGUAGGAGAAAGAAAGGAAUAUCAUUUAGGAGAAUAAGAAGGAAAUAGAAAUAAAAGAUUAAAUGAUAUCUACAUUAAAAUUCUCGAAUUAAAGCUUACAAGAAUAGAUGAAUCAAUUAUAAGCAUUAAUCAAUAAGUAAGAUAUUCAUAUUUAUAAGAAUGUAAGAAGAUUUUGAUAGUCAAUAUAGUUAGAAAGAGACGGAAUGUGUUAAGAUGGCUAAAAAUAUUCAUCUUAAGGAGUAGGCAUUGAAAUAGAUGGGUUUAAGAUUAGAUGAAAUUUGUAAGUAAGUGAAGAUAUUGGAAGAAUAAAGAGAUGAAUUGAGUUAAGAAAUGAAAGAUAAGAAUGAUAAGGUUAAGGAUCUUGAAAUGAAAUUAGAUAUUGUUGUGAAAGAUAAUGACACUUUGGAAAAUCAAUUGAAGAAUAAUUAAACUUAAGUACGUUUUUAAUUUGAUUUAGUUACAAUUAUCGGAAUAGAGAUAUGCUAAUUUAGAGUAGACAAGUGAAUAAAAGAUAGAAGAUAUGAAAAUAUAAUAUUCAUUAGAAGUUCAAGCAUAGAUUGAAUAAUGCAUCACUUAAUAUUAAUAAACUAUUAAAUAUGAGUAGGAUCACUCUGAAUAAUUAAUGAAGAAUUUAAAGAAAUAGUAAGAAAAAGCUAAACACUUUGAAUUGUUGAGUGAGUAAUAAUUAAAUGAUAUGGAGAAAUUGAAUAAAAGAAUAGAGGAAUUGAUAGAUGUUUGUGAAUAAAAUGGAUCUAAAAUGAUGAUAUUAGAAAAUCUACUUAAAGAGAGAGAUAAUGAUUAUGAAGCCUUAAAUCAAAAAUUGUUAUCAAUAACAGAAAACUAUGAAUUGUAACAUAUAUCAUAAUUCUUAGGUAAAUAGAUGUUUUGAAGAAAUAGAUGUAUGAUAUGGGUAUUCAAAAUGAAGAUUUGGCUUCUAAUUUGAAUGAAACAUAGGAAGCUUUCAUAAGUAUUAUUGCUUAUUGAAUUUUAGAGUAAGAUGAGUAAAGAAAGAAAACCAUGAAUGAUUUGGCAGAGGUGACAAAACAGAAGAUUGAUUAAGAUUAGUUAAUAAAGAAGAUGAGAAUUCAAGUCUAGGGUUUAGAUGAGGAGAAUAGAAAGAAUUCGGAAGAUUCCAUCAAAUUUAAAAAUUAAGUUUAUUAGUUAUAGUAGGAAAUUGAGGAAAUUACUCGAAGUUUGUAAAUGAAUUUUGCAGAUAAAGAAUAGGAAUUACAAAAUAAAUAUGAGAAUACAAUCAUGGAUUUAUCAUAAUAGUUGAAUACUUUAACAAUCAAAUUUAAUGAUUUGGUAAGAAAGGAAAAAGACAAUAGAUUUAGACUAAAAUUAUUGAAAAGUAAUCCUUAGAUGAAAUUACCAUCAGAAUUAGAGGAUGAGAAUUGUUAUGAGACAAUGAAGAGGAAGAUGGAAGAUUAAUCAUAAUAUCUUUAGAGAUUAAUUUUGGAAAACGAUGAAUUAAAACAAUAACAAUAUUCUCAUAUUACUAAGGGCUCAUUAAAUGAUUAAUAAAAGUAAAAAUCUCAAAGAUAGAGCAUGAAUAUCAUUAAGGAUUAUACUACUUAAGAUACAGAUCGAACUAUUAGGCAAAACGAGCAUCAGAAGAGCAUGAAUCCUUUUAAAUAGCAGCCAGUAAAAGUUUUGCCAGUUAUUAUAUUUAAUAUUAUUUAGGUUAUGAAUAAUUCUCAGAAUAUUCUUGAUCAGAAGUAUGCUAGCAAUAGGCCAAUCGAAAGAGACGUCUACUUAGGGCAAACACAAAAUACAAAAACGGACCCUCAUUUGUAUAGGAAAUAGUCAUUAUAACGAUUUUGA